AUGGAAAGGGAAAAGCGGGAUUGGAGGUCUGAGUGACGUUCACUGGUGGAGGGAGGAGAGAGAGAGAGAGAGAGAGCCGCUGGACUCCAUUAGCUUCAACCCUGAGGACGCAGUUUGCGGGACUUUUAGUUGGACCAGUUUUCUUUGGAAAAACUUCUCCAUGCUAGAAUUAAACGCACGUUUCGAAGAAGAAAGGUGUUCAAACAGACCUCACGCGACGUCGGAAGUUUAAGGCUUCGCUUUGGGAUUUGACUGAACGUUAGCGUACUCGUGAAGGAUAUGGCUCUGGAUGGUAUACGGAUGCCUGACGGCUGCUAUGCCGAUGGCACUUGGGAACUGAAGAUGCAUGUGACUGACCUGAACAAGGACGUCUCUCUGAGAGUCACAGGAGAAAUCCACAUUGGCGGAGUCAUGCUGAAGCUCGUAGAGAAACUCGAUGUCAAGAAGGACUGGUCAGACCAUGCACUGUGGUGGGAGAAGAAGAAGACGUGGCUGCUGAAGACGCACUGGACGCUGGAUAAGUACGGCAUCCAGGCUGAUGCCAGGCUACUCUUCACGCCCCAGCACAAGCUGCUGCGCCUGCAGCUGCCCAACAUGAAGCACAUGAAGGUCAAAGUUAACUUCUCAGACCGGGUCUUCAAGGCUGUGACGGACAGCUGCAAAACCUUCAAUAUCCGCCAUCCUGAGGAGCUGUCCCUGUUGCGCAAACCCCGUGACCCCAAAAAGAAGAAGAAAAAGCUGGAGGAGUAUGAAGAGGAGACUCUGGAGCUGGAAGGCCCUCUGCUUACUCCGGGAUCAGCUUCUGAGGUAAUAUACAUCGGACCUGUGAAAGGGAGUAUCUAUUCGAGUCCUGGCCUCUACAGUAAGACAAUGACUCCCACCUAUGACUCUCGAGAUGGCAGCCCACUUUCCCCCACCUCAGCCUGGUUUGGAGACAGUCCAUUGUCUGAGGGCAAUCCCAGCAUCCUCGCUGUGAGUCAGCCCAUCUCCUCACCUGACAUACUGGUUAAGCUCUACAAACCGCCCUCCCUCCUCGAUAAGGCCAAAAUAAAUCAAGGGUGGCUGGACUCCUCCAGGUCUCUGAUGGAGCAGGACGUUAAAGAGAACGAUGUUCUUCUUUUGCGGUUCAAAUAUCAUAGCUUUUUUGAUCUCAAUCCCAAGUAUGAUGCUAUCCGGGUUAACCAGCUAUACGAGCAGGCCAAAUGGGCCAUCCUGCUGGAGGAAAUUGAGUGUACUGAGGAAGAGAUGAUGAUGUUUGCGGCCCUCCAGUAUCACAUCAACAAGCUGUCCAUCAUGUCUUCAGACAAUCACAUGAACAACAGCGAGAAGGAGGUGGAUGAAGUGGACGCUGCACUGUCAGAUCUGGAGAUCACCCUGGAGGGAGGAAAGACCUCUAACACACUGGGUGACAUUACAUCCAUCCCAGAACUGGCUGAUCAUGUGAAGGUCUUUAAGCCAAAGAAACUGACACUGAAAGGACCCAAGCAGUACUGGUGCACAUUCAAGGACAUUACAAUCUCCUGCUACAAGAGUCGUGAGGAGGCCCAUGGCAUACCUGCCCACCAAAUGAACCUGAGAGGCUGUGAGGUUACGCCAGAUGUAAAUAUUUCUGGUCAGAAAUUCAACAUCAAGUUGUUAAUCCCAGUAGCGGAUGGCAUGAAUGAGAUCUGGCUGCGAUGCGACACGGAGAAGCAGUACGCACAGUGGAUGGCUGCCUGUCGUCUGGCCUCCAAAGGGAAGACAAUGGCAGAUAGCUCCUAUAACUUGGAGGUCCAGAACAUUCUGUCCUUCUUAAAGAUGCAGCACAUGAACCCAGAUCCCCAGAUUAUUGAACCGAUCACCACAGAUAUCAACCCUGAGUGUCUCGUCUCACCACGAUAUCUGAAGAAGUACAAGAACAAGCAGAUUUCUGCUCGUAUCCUAGAGGCCCAUCAGAACGUGGCCCAGAUGAGUCUCAUUGAGGCCAAGAUGCGCUUCAUCCAGGCCUGGCAGUCACUGCCAGAGUUUGGGAUCACUCAUUUCUUGGCCAAGUUCCAAGGCAGUAAGAGAGAGGAGUUGAUUGGCAUCACCUACAACAGAUUGAUCCGCAUAGAUGCCAGCACCAGAGACGCCAUUAAGACCUGGCGCUUCAGCAAUAUGAAACAGUGGAACGUCAACUGGGAGAUCAAGAUGGUUACAGUGGAGUUUGCUGAUGAGCCCAGUCUGUCGUUCACCUGCACCGAGGUGGACUGUAAGGUGGUGCACGAGUUCAUCGGUGGCUACAUUUUCCUGUCCACGAGGGCCAAGGACCAGAAUGAGUCCCUUGAUGAGGAAAUGUUCUACAAGCUCACCAGUGGCUGGGUCUGAGAGGGAGAACCUCAGCAAAACAGGGGGUGGGGUGGCAUGGGGUGCCUGGGAUUUUUGUUCAUUUACUCUUUUUCUUGUGUUUUGAUUUGUUUUUUUUAACCAUGCCAUACAUCUGGCCACAAUGAUUGUUUGAAAGCUGCCAUCUUUUUAAUUUUUAUUUUGUUCCUGCCUUAAUGCUUACAGACACCUUUGUAACACUAAUGAGCUGACUUUGAGGAACAAUGAGAAUGUUCUGCCGCCAUCCAAGGCUUUACCUUGUGCCGAGAAAUAUUUGUUUCCUGAAGCGAGCAGCUACUUUCACAGAGACAGCUGCUUCUCGUUCCUUUCCCAGAGUGCUUGGUGUGCGUAGUCACUGCAGUGUCGGAUGGUAGUCUCCAGCUCUGUGCACCAUGCGUACUACGGCGGAGGCUAGUGUGACAUCCAUGACCUUUCACCUUGCAUGCUAAUACUCAAGCUCAUCUCAAAUGUCACUGCUCGUGUUACGAUCCGAUGGUUUUAAGAGAUUUGUGAUUGUUUGGGUGCUCAUUUGCCUUUAUUCUAAUGCGGUCCCUAUGCUGCUUCACUUCUUUUGUAUGCCAUAACGUCCAUUUUAUUUUCCACUCAUUGUCCCUUUGUUGUUAACACUACCUUUGGCAACGGCAGCCAUUUUUAUGAAGGAGCUCUCCAGCACUCAAGUGUUGCUCUACAUGAGCUAGGUCAGAGGGUCUUUCUCUAUUAGUGCUGACCAGAGUAUUCUACACUACAAGCAGUUUUGCAACUAAGAAGACGCUUUUGUUUUAGUGUGAUCCCUUGAGAAGAUAGCAAGCACUACUACAUUGAAGGAAAGGUCUCAAAACGAAUAAGCUGUAGUUUACUUUUUUGUCUGACGUCCUGAGUCAGCAUGAGAUAACGUAUUGAUCUUCAGCACUAUAACCAUUAGAGGAUGGCCUUUUGUUUAUUCUUUUUUUUUCCCCCCACCACUAAACAGCGGUUUUCAGGUUUAGUAACAAGCCGUUUGCAAUGCACAUAAACAGGAUGUUGAAGGCCACAUGAUGAAGGAAUGAUUCCAGGGAUCUUAAUUUGCUAGCUACAGAAUCUAUCAAAUAAUUACGUGUUGAAGAAAAUGGUAAUGAAAAGACGACCCCUGUCCAGUUUAGGGCCUGUGUGUCGAGUGAGCACAGCCUCUACCCUCCUAUUCUGUAUGAAGUCAGUGAGGAUGACCUCAGUUGUGCUCUGGAGCCUGCUGGCUCUUGGCUACAAGAAGCACCAUGAUGUCUUUGUUUCAUAUUUUUCUGUACAGCCUUCUCUUCGGUCAUUCACACCUUUAUCCUAAACCAUAUAGUAUUAUUCAAAGCUGUUAUAUUGUUAUGCACCAGCAAUAGGUCACUGUGUUUUUAAAAGCAGUACAUGCAAUGUUCAUAUUUCUUUCUUUUUUUUCUUCUCCAUGACUAUGAAGGAAUGCUAAAUGAAGUAUUAGUUUUUGUAACUAAUGUAAAAACGAUUUUAUAGAAUUGUACAGGUAUUGUUGUUUUGUUGCUGCUUUUUUUCUGUCGUUUUUUUGGAAAUGCUUUUUUUUUUUUUUUUUUUUCCCAGAAGAGAAGGAAAAAAGCCAUCUUUUGAGCAUUGCUUGGUAUGAUGUGUACUUGCCUAUGUUAAGGUCUUAUUGAGUUUGUAAGUGUAAAAAAAAAAUAUAUCUAAGUAAUGUGAUGAAGCAUGUCUCAAGCUCCAGGCUUAGCUGGUACACGUUUCGACACUCACAUCGAAGGGCUUGUUUCAUAUUCUGUUACUUUUAUCUAGCCUUAAAUUAAACACAGUAUGUAAAUGUUUAUUUUCUGUUUGAUGCAUUGGAGUAUUUGACAAUUUAUUUUGUUUUUAUGAUUUUAUUUGUUAGCACACAGGAAAGAAUUAUCUUUUAGCAGCGACUUCUGUGGGUCAUUUAUAGUAAGUUGCUAGUAAAAUGUUAGAACCUGUUUGUAAUCCUGUAUGAAUGCUAAUUUUAAGAGAUAUGAGUUUGAUUAUGAAGGAGAACCAUCGUCCCCUGGAGUUUGAGACAAAUUGUCAUAAGAUGAAGUACAAUAAAAGCUACUUUCGCAUA